GAAAAACUGAGAUUACCAGACAAGUGGACCUAAAUUAUUUGCAUGGAACCUCUUUAAGUGAAUGUAUUAAAUAACCUGACAAUAUAUUUUUUAAUUAAAAUAUUUUGACAGUCUACAGUGACACAAAUCAAAUCCGUUAUUUUAUGUUUCAUCUUGAAAAACGUCUUUCUCGUAUUUUUAGUAUUGAAAAGGAGAUGUUUAAAGGACUUUCAAGCAAACUUUUGAAAUUCCCGAACAGCUAUCAGAACACACAAAUAAGACAGAAUGCUGUACAAACGGUACAAAUAUUUAUAAAUGGAACCCCUGUCACCGUCCCGUCGUUUUAUACGGCAUCCCAAGCUCUACGCGACGCGAAGGUGGUCGUACCUUCUUUCUGCUACCAUGAACGCCUGUCCAUAGCAGGUAAUUGUCGGAUGUGCCUCAUCGAGGUCGAAGGCGCAUGGAAGCCUCAAGUUGCUUGUGCUCUCAACGUCACUAAAAACAUGAAGAUUCGCACAAACUCUGAAACUGUAAAAAAAGCCCAAGAGUCUGUUUUGGAGUUUACACUCGUCGACCAUCCUUUAGAUUGUCCUAUAUGUGAUCAAGGAGGCGAGUGUGACCUACAGGAUAUUACUGUUAGAUUUGGAAAUGAUCGUUCUAGAUUCACAGACAUACAUUUUGAAGGUAAAAGAGCUGUUGAAGAUAAAACUUUAAGCCCAUUGAUACGCGCGGAGAUGAAUCGCUGCAUACAUUGUACCAGGUGCAUUCGGUUCGGUGCUCAGAUAUGUGGUGUUGAAGUUUUAGGAUCAACCGGACGCGGUCAUGACAUGCUCGUUGGUACUUUUGUUGAUAAAUUGUUUCUUUCCGAACUAUCCGGAAAUAUCGUCGAUUUAUGUCCCGUUGGAGCUCUGACCAAUAUCCCUUACAAGUUCAAGGCUAGAUCUUGGGAACUCAAAAAAGCGAACUCUAUAGAUGUGACAGACGCAACUGGGACUAAUAUUAUAUUGAACUAUCGGUUUGAUCGCGUGCUACGCGUGUUACCACGUGAACAUGAAGAAAUAAAUCAAGAAUGGGUUUCAGAUAAGGGAAGGUGGGCAAUCGAUUCACUGGAGAUGCAAAGGUUAGUAACGCCCAUGAAGAAAGCGGGCUCUUGCUGUUGUCCUCUCGAAUGGGACAUUGCACUUAAGGAAGCCAGUGAAAUUAUAAGAGCUGUUCCUCCAGAUAGUGUGAUGGCGAUAGCUGGGCCUCACACAAAUGUGGAAACUUUGGUGGCUUGUAAAGAUUUCCUGAACAUGCUGGGAUGUGAGAACACUUACGUGGAGCGAGGACUUAAUUACACUGGAUCUGGCAUUGACCUUAGGGCUGCAUAUUCGCUGACUAUAAAUAUGAAAGACAUUUGCCAUGCUGAUAAAAUAUUAUUAAUAGGUACAAAUCCACGUUUUGAAGCACCUAUUUUAAACAUGUGGAUUCGUCAAGCUUACAAAACGAAUGAAGCUGAUAUAUUCGUGAUCGGUCCAAAAUGUGAAUAUAAUUACCACGUUACAUACUUAGGUGAUAGCCCUGCCGCUUUGCCGAAAGCUAAUGAGCCUAUGUUGCCCGCUAAGAAUCCACUUAUAUUUGUUGGAAUCACACAAUUAGAAACUGAAUCUGGUACAAAGCUUAUGAAUGCUGUCGCCAAACUAGCAGCGUCCUUAAAAUUUGCUCCUAAAGGCUGGGGUAUAAUAAAUAUAGUAACUAGAGAGGCAAGUUUCGCUGGCGCUUUGGAAGCGGGAUGGAAACCCGGGGCAUUGGAAGUUUUGAAAAAGACUCCACCGAAGGUUAUCAUUUCCUUAGGAGCUGACGAUGUUUUUUAUGACUGGAAUCCACCCACGUCUUGUAAAAUUAUCUACAUAGGAUUCCAAGGAGACCGAGGUGCUGAAUUUGCCAAUUUGAUUUUGCCUGGGAGUGCAUAUACUGAAGCCGGUGGAAUUUAUUUGAACAUGGAGUGUCGAUCUCAGUUUGCGAUGCCUGCUGUCACGCCACCGGGGAAGGCGAGACAAGACUGGAAGAUCAUCCGCGCUCUUGCAGAGUUCUGUUGUUUGUGUUUGUUUUACAGCGAUCAUAGUUCCUUAUGUACGAGAUUGGUUCAGAUCAGCCCUAAUUUCACUUGUCUAGGUAGUUAUCAAGCAAAAUUGUUCCCAAAGUUAGUUGCGAAAAUGAUUAACCCAGUGGCUGGCGGAUGCGAAACGUUGGAUGUGGAUAUGAAGAAAAUGGCAGAUUACUAUUGUUCGGAUGUGUUUACAUAUAACUCGCCUACGAUGGUGAAGACUCAAAAAGCAGCACAAGAAUUUGAAAAUUCGCAUUAUUUUCCUGCGUAGUUGAGAUUUAUUUAUUUAUAGAUUUUGUGUAUUUUUAUUGAAACUGAUACCAAAGAAACGUGAUGAAUGUU